UCUCUCUCCAGUGUCUCUAUAAUCUUUGUGCCCUUCUCCCUUGGGAUAAUUGCAUAUAAAGGAUUUCUUGAUUUCUUUUCGUUUCCCUUUACUUCUUCUUAUUUUUCCUUGUUUCCUUUUUCCCUCUCUGUUCUUUGUACUUAUAAAAGAGAUACGUCCUAAUUUUUCACCGCUGUUAUUUUAACCCAUGAGCAUGCUGAACGAAGAUGAUCCUUUGUCGAGCUCCAUUUUCGACGUCGGAAAUCACACCUCUUCCAUUUUGAAUACCACUCGACCUAUCGAUUCGUCCAUGUAUGCAUCUCAGUAUGAGGAAGAUCCGUGGGGAAGUUUGGGCGCAGCGGAUCCUUUGGCUGAGAUGGAACGAACUUUUAACUCGCCCAAUAUUACUCGAACCGCCCACACCGUGACCAUGAGCGACGACGCCAGUGAUUACCUCACAGCAGCCAAUACUCUGAACGGGGUACGGUUGCCAGAUAGUUACAGCAGUUUAUUUUCUUCCAGCCAGCGCUCGGGCCGCGUGUCGUUAGCAUCCCUGCAUAAAACGCUGAACAAAGGCCGUCUUUCAGCUAUUGACGUGGAAAAGAUUAUGCAACUUGUGGUGCCCAACAGUGCGUCUGAUGUAACACGGCCCGAAUUUUAUGGAGCGCUGGCACUAAUGGCAUGCGCUCAGCAAAAUAUACCAAUUUCCUUGCCUUAUCUCUACAAACAUCGAGACUCGAUUAAUUUAGAACCGACUUUUUACGAUACCGAAAAACCCACAGUAUUGACAGAUCAUGCCAAAUUAUCUCGACGACAAGCACCGGAUCCGCAUCCAGCCGUGACGUCUCCCGUCUCGCCUUUACAUGAUACCAAACCCAAUGGCAUCGAUGCAAAUACUGGAAUGACAAAGAAACACACUGCACCUGUCACUGAACAACAUGAUAAAAAACGUCUGGACACGCGCAACUGGUUCAAACAGCUUGAAGAAAUCAAAGUCACCAUUGCUCCCGAGAGAGAAGGAUUCAUAUUCAAGCAUGUUAAUUACAUCGUAGAAAGCCAAAAGCGAUCCUCCAUUGUUUUACGGCGAUUCAGCGAUUUCUGGUGGCUUCAGGAAGUCCUUCUGCGCCGAUAUCCGCUUCGAUCUUUGGCUAAUUUGCCGCCUAAAAAGUUGGGAGGACGAGAUGCGGCCUUUUUGGAAAAACGACGUAAGGGGCUAUCCCGGUUCAUCAAUGCCAUUGUUCGUCAUCCCGUUCUACGCAAAGAUGAGGUUGUAGCAAAAUUUCUGUCUGAACCAUCGGAAUUGGCAGCGUGGCGAAAACAGAAUCCGCCCUCUUUAGACGACGAAUUUCGACGAGGACAUCACAACAUCGAGGAACUGGCUCGCUUAACCCCCGAGAACCUGGAUGACCUGAUAGAGAAAGCGCGGAAGAGAGCGUCAGCUGCCAUCGAUCAUUACAUCAAUUUGUGCCUGAUUAUGGAACGUAUGAUACGUCGGAUGCAUGGCCAAGCAACCGAUUUUGUCCGUUUCAGUAUAUCCUUAAAUUCUUUAGCAGAAGCCGAACAUCGAUACCACGCCUCGGAAUGUGGCAACUGCCAACAGAUCGUCAAGGGAUACGAAAAGGUGGCCAAGCACAUGCAGCGUGAAAGCAAUAUCUUGGAUAAUCAGGUGAACAUUGCGGCGGAUGGCGUAUUGGAGAAUCUGAAGCGAUUUCGUGAUCUGCUGGUAUCGUUCAGAGAUAUGGAUGAACGUCGCAGUAGUCUAUCAGGAGAUCAAAUUGAGUCGUUGUCCAAACGUAUCACCAAACAUCGCACAAGAAUCAACCAAAUCAAAGGCGUACCAGGGAUGGAGGCCGAAGUGAAUAAGCUCGAAGAAGCGGUUCAGAUGGAUGAACGGGAAAUGAAGGAACAACGUGAACGGCGUGUGUUUCAACGAUUUUGUACAUGGUCGGAAAUCAUCUACGUGCACAAACAGCAAGCGUUUAUAUCAUCGAUUUAUCGAGAUUAUGUGAAGGAUAUGAUGAACUUUUCCCUCAAGAGCAACGAAAACUGGCGAGAAUUAGAAACGCCGGUGCUUGAAAUGCCGGUUGACCUGGACAUGUUCGAUUAAAUCGUAGAGGGAAGUAGGAAAAACAAAAUUUCAUGUCCGGUGACGAGAAUACCUGGCCGAUGUCCUCCCGCCAGAACAGACAGCAUACGGGAAACUGUACAACAACCCCCCAUCAUCAACCCAAAAUAUCAAAAACACGAAAAGUGCAUUGGGCAAUAAACGCGUUCAAUUUUUUUUAUGAUUAAUGGCGACCAUCACGGAUCGGUUGAACUUUAUCUUGUCUAUUGUCGGUUGGAUGAUGUGGGGAAACGGACACAGAUAAAAUGAACAAACACAGCAGAGGUUGCAGGCUUUCGUUGAUUGGUCAUACUUGC